ACGUGUCGUAACAGUACGAAUUUGUAAACAUGCAUACAUAUUUUUGGCUAAAUUUUAACAUAUUUUUUCUGUAAAAGACCUUCUCUCAUAUUUAGGUAAACGAUAAUUUUACAAAGGAUUCAUUAGCGGUUGGACUUAUUUUCUGAUUCCCCAAUAUCGCGUUUUUUAUUUUUUUCGUAACCGAAGUGAACAUAGGCAAAAGCGUCGUCAAGCGCUGUCGCUGUAGAAUUUCAAGUCCGUAUAAUGGCGGACGCUAAUAAUUGUGGGAGUUUCGUGUAUCUAUUGUUCUGUUUUUAGGUAUUUCUAUAGUUCAAAAUUUCGGGAAUGAAGUUUAUAACGAGUGCGCACGUCCAGAGUGUUAAAAACGUGUUAGUGAUAUGAAAUGCAUGACUAUAUAACGUGACAAAAGCGCCUGCUAGAUAUGUAACCUUUUCCCUAACCUCGUUUACGCCAAUGGAGUAGAUAUGUGAUCGAUGUGUGUGCGUCGGUGAACGAUUUUUCGUCCGUUUCGUGUUAGAAUUGAUGAAAAGUAGAUUCGUUUAUUAGUAAUGGAAGUGUCCGCGUCGCGAUUUAGCUAUCCGACGCCAGAUUUCGAUGUAACGUAAGCGAGCCGGUCGAUUGCAAAGAGUGAGCGGGGACAGCCGCCACCAGCCGAACAUGGCUGCGACGCAGGCAGAGACUCAGCGCAGCGAAGCGAACGUAGAGCAGAGUCCAUCAGAACCACUCAGUGAAUCUCGGAACGCUUUAUUGCAAAACGGCACCGACAAGGCGAUCGGACGCGUUCCGCCCGAUGGCGUCGUGAACACAAAGAGUAAGUCGCCGAUGUCGGCCGACUCGGGACAGCCACGCGACGGAGGCGAGGCACCGGGCCACGAUCGAGGCGGCGAGAGACCGGGGCCCGAGCAGUACGGCCAGUACCGGUAUCAGGAAGGCGGAGGAGAUCCAUAUUAUUCGCAACGGCCCGGCUUUCCCGGCAAGCCGCGACCUCCGCCGCCGCAACAACGGUUCUUCCCAGGACAGCCAGCCUCACAAGCGCCGGGACCCACACCGACGCUGAAUUCUUUGUUACAAUCCAGCGGCGCGCCGCCGCACCGAUACCCCAACAGCUAUGAGCAGCCUCCAGCAGGAUACGGAGCGGGGCCAGGCUGGCCGCCGCCAAGACCUAUGCCUCCUUACAAUCCUCAAGGAAGCCCAUAUAGAAAUUCAACACCACCUCGAGGUUACGGAGGGCCCCCUUACGGUUCAGGCGCUCCAGGAGGGCCUCAACAGCCCCCUGCCGGCUACGGUCCUCCAGGGUCCUACCCUCAGAGGUACCCGCCACCGCCGGGGCCUCCGGGCGCGCCCAAUAAUCGCCCACCCUUCUCACCUCAUCAGGGCUAUGAGCGCGGCGGUUCUCCGCAGCCACAGAACCAGCCGGCGGGCGCACCGAGCCCCGGCGCCGCACAGAGCGCCCCGGGGCCCAUGUCGCCCACGCAAGACGCCCAGCAUAUGCCGACACACGGCUCGCAACCGCAACACCAGGGCUACCCUCCCCCUCCGAGGCCCCCUCAGCCGUCCACGCCAAACGCGCACGAUCCUGACUCGGAUCUGACCGGCCAGAACAGCAAUGACUCUGGAGGCAGCGGCAGCGCCGGGCGCGCCACCACGCCGCACCUGAGGCCGACACCCAGCCCCACCGGCUCCAGCGGCUCUCGAUCCAUGUCACCGGCUGUCGGCACCCAAAACGUACCGAUGCCGCCGCGAACGUCGUCGUCGCUGCCCGACGGCAGCGGUGGUGCGGCGCGGGGAGCCGGCGGCGGCCCGCCGGGACCCGCGCCCAGCCCAGUGCCGCCGCCCGGCUCCAUGGUGGCGCAGCCCUACGGCCAUCACCCGGCCUACAAGUCGCAGCACUACCCGCCGCCGCAGUCCUACGGGUACCCUCCAAGGAACCACCAUCCGUAUCCGUACGGCGCGUAUCGUCCGCCCCCGCCGCAUCCUCCACAGCACUAUCCGCCGCUAAAGCCGGGACAGGGUCGUCACAUGGGUCCGCCGGGGCAGGCUGGUGGCACGCAGGAUGGUGCGAUGCCCCCGCCGACGGCUCCGGGCGAGUCGCACGACAACGGCCCGGCCGCGCCCGCCACGGCGCUCGUCACCACUGGACCUGAUGGUGCGCCGCUUGACGAGGGUAGCCAACAAAGCACGCUCAGCAAUGCUUCCGCAGCAUCAGGGGAAGAACCAUGCGGCACACCGAAGGGCCGCAAAGACUAUGGGCCAGGCAGCGCGGCUCCGUCGCCGUCCCCGGGCGGCGGCUCGCACUCGUCGGUACAUGACGACUACGACGCGUCACCGUCCUCGUGGCCGCGCCCGCCCUCUAGUCCCGUAUUUAACAGUCACAUGCCACCGGAGUCCUUCAGAUCAAAGAAGUCGGACUCGCUGGGGAAGCUGUACGAGAUGGACGACGCUCCCGAGCGGCGCGGCUGGGUAGAGCGGCUGCUGCAAUUCAUGGAGGAGCGGCGGACGCCCAUCGCCGCCUGCCCCACCAUCUCCAAGCAACCGCUCGACCUCUACCGACUUUAUCUGCUAGUGCGCGAUCGCGGCGGAUUCGUCGAGGUGACAAAGAACAAGACGUGGAAGGACAUCGCGGGUCUACUCGGCAUCGGCGCGUCGUCGUCGGCCGCGUACACGCUCCGCAAGCACUACACCAAGAACUUGCUGGCGUACGAGUGCCACUUCGACCGCGGCGGUAUCGACCCCCAGCCCAUCAUCAACCAAGUCGAAGCCUCCACUAAGAAGAAGAGCGGCAAAUCCAACAACAAUUCUACUGCAGCAGCAGGGUCGUCUAAUUCCCAAGAAUCAUUCCCUGGUGGCGGGUCAACGGCGCCCGGUGCGCCCAUGGAUGGAUAUCCCGGCCAGUACGCGCCCUACCCUCCACAACCUAAUCAACCGCAAGGCGGCGGGCCCGGUGGCGACAACCUCGCCGCCUCCAACCCGUUCGACGAGCCGCCGGGGCCCCGGAGACCCCCAGGUUACCAGCAAGGCUACGGGUACGAAUAUGGAUCUCCGUACCCGUCCAAUAGACCAGUGUAUCCUCCGUACGGGCCCGAUGGGGACAGAGGGGGCUAUGGUUCGGGCGGCGAGUACCGCUACGGCGGGUACGGCAGCAGCGGGUUCCGCGCAGGCGCGCCGCCGCCGCCGGGCACGCCGCCGCCGGCGCAGCCCUACCCCGACUACUAUCGCCCGCCACACCCGCAGCACCCACAACACCCACCGCACCCGCAGCAUCCGCCGCACCCGCCGCAUCCGCCGCAUUCGCCGCAACAACCCCCGCACGAGAUGUCGAGCGGCUCGUCGUCUGUCGGUAACCUAAUGAGCUCGCAGCUCGCGCGGCAGCUGGUGGCGCCGCUGCCGCCCAACCCGAGACCCUACUACGGUGGCGGAAAGCCGCCGGGGCCAGGCGCGGCUAACGUGGGGGCGCCAAGAAGACACCCUGACUUUGCCAAGGCGGAGGGAUACCCAGGGCCGGGGCCUGGUAGCGGGCCGCCGCCCGGGGGUGCUGGGGCUCGCUUCGGGGGCGCGUGGGGCGGCGGCUUCCCCCGCGCGCCGCAGUCGCAGUCCCCGGCCGCGCCCUGGCGCCCGCCUGCCGGCGCCGCGCAACAAGCUGGCUGGCCACAUCAGCCCUACCAACAGGGGCCGGGCGCGGCGGCUUGGGCCCCGCGGCCGCCGGGACUUGACGCCUACCCGCCCUCCGUCGCGCCCCCUGCUGGUGCGGCGCCGGGCGGUCCUGGGAUCAAGCGGGAGCUGACGUUCCCGGCGGAGUGCAUCGAGGCGGCUGUGCCUACCGGCGAGAAGCGGCGGCGGCUCACCAAGGCCGAUGUGGCGCCUGUCGACGCGUGGCGCAUUAUGAUGGCGCUCAAGUCCGGCCUGCUCGCGGAGACCUGCUGGGCGCUCGAUAUUCUAAACAUUCUGCUGUUCGAUGACAACUGCAUCGGAUACUUCGGCCUACAGCACAUGCCCGGCCUCCUAGACCUACUCCUUGAACACUUUCAUAAGAGUCUCAGCGACAUGUUUGACACGCCGACUCCUGACAACGAACCCUGGUACGCGCCACCGCAGACUCCCGAGCCCCCUGUAAAGAAACGCCAAAAGGCUGAACCACCGGAUCCCACCGACAGGGUGCAAGUAAUGAAUGGUGAAAACUUUACGUUAGAAUCGCGGCGUAGGCAUCCCGUCACCUACAAACCAGACGAGGAACUUUUCGCUCCAGAUGACAUGGAAUCUGACACCGAUGACGUGGAGGACGUGUUAGAGCCCUGGCAGUCCGGCGGCGACAUUGCCAGUGCAGCUCAUGUGAUGCCUUGCUUCCGCGGCGAGUUCGUGCACCUGCCGUUUGUGCGGGUGAUGCCUGGCGUGCGAGUGCCGUCGCCGCCGCCGCCGCCUACAACGAAUGUGGAGUCGCCGCGGGUGAAGCCGGAGACGGAGGCGCCCGACGCGACCGACACCAAGGACGAGGAGAGCGACAACCUGGAGGCGGAGCCGAUGGACCUCGAGCCGGAGCGGCGGCCCGCGCUGCUCAUCCGCGACCCCGCCGGUGUACUGAAACGUCGCCGUUUAGAAGAUUACGAAGACGAGUGCUACACGCGUGAUGAACCAAGCCUCAAUUUAGUGAACGAGUCUCGUGACGCGAUAUCCAAGCGCUGUAUAGCGCUCUCGAACAUUCUACGUGGAUUGACAUUCGUGCCUGGUAACGAAAUAGAGUUCUCCCGGUCGAGCGCGUUCUUAGCACUCGCGGGCAAAUUGCUGCUACUUCAUCACGAGCACGCGCCGCGAGCGGCGAGGGCGCGCGCGUACGAGCGUGCGGCUAAGGACGAGAGCGACGCGGACGCGUGUUGUUCCAGCUUGCGUGGUGAAAGUGAAUGGUGGUGGGACACACUCGCUCAAUUACGAGAAGACGCUCUGGUGUGUUGCGCUAACAUCGCCGGCGGAGUGGAGCUGGGCGGGCAGCCUGAGGCGGUGGCGCGGCCGCUGCUGGACGGGCUGCUGCACUGGAGCGUGUGCCCGGCGGCGGUGGCGGGCGACGCGCCGCCGGCCGCCGGGGCCUCCUCGCCGCUCUCCCCGCGCCGGCUCGCGCUCGAAGCACUGUGCAAGCUCUGCGUUACGGACGCUAACGUCGACCUUGUGCUGGCGACUCCGCCGCGGGGCCGAAUCGCAGCCUUGUGUGCCGGUUUGGCUCGUGACUUAUGCCGCCCCGAGCGGCCUGUUGUGAGAGAGUUCGCCGUCAACUUACUUCAUUACUUAGCGGGAGCUGGCGGAUCAGCAGCGAGAGAAGUAGCCUUACACGCCCCGGCCGUGGCGCAGCUGGUGGCAUUUAUCGAGCGCGCCGAGCAGACCGCGCUAGGGGUGGCUAACCAGCACGGCGUGGCGGCGCUGAGAGACAACCCCGACGCGAUGGGCACGUCUCUGGAUAUGUUGCGGCGCGCGGCGGCAACGCUGUUGCGGCUGGCGGAACACCCCGAGAACAGGCCGCUGAUCCGCAGGCAUGAGCGGCGCCUGCUAUCGCUGGUGAUGUCGCAGAUCCUCGACCAGAAGGUGGCGCACGAGCUGGCCGACGUGCUCUAUCACUGCAGCCAGCAGCGCGGCGAGGGCGAGGCGGAGGCGCAGCCGGCCACUAUCGCCGUGGUGGCCGCGGCCGUGCCCGCUAGCACCGUCGCCAACCACACGCCCGCCGCGCCCGAUGAGUAGUGUUAGAGGAGUAGUGCGCGGUGAGUGCAUGAAGCGGACGCUCGAGCGACGCGCGAACGCGAUGAGACUGAGCAUACCUGUCGGUACGUGUACAUAUAGUGAUACGGCACGCCCCGGACGCGGACGCGGCGCGGUUCCCGUUUCUCGUGACUCCGAGAUCAUUAAUAGCGGUGUCUCAAGUGUUAGGCUGUACAAUCCGAUUUUGUUAUUUAUGUCCAUGAUGUUUUAUUUACAAUUUUACAAGAAUGUCAUUGUGCUAUAAUCGAUUUCUAUUGUUCGAUUGAGAAAAGAUGUAUUAUAACUCGUAAUUUUGAUUUUUAUAAUAAAAUGGGACUUGAAUCUUGUUCAAUUGUUUUAUAAUGGAGAUUUUAUACCGAGUACCUUUAGGCGCCUUUGUCUUUAAGAGAGUAGUUGGAGAGUGUGAGGAGCUUAUGUGGGCUAUAAGUUUUAAUUAAGUUUAAUGUGAAUUAUUACAAUAAUCUAUAAUAUAUUGAAAUUGAAUCUGAA